AUGGAUUAUCCACUACAUCAAUCCCAAUAUACAGACUCCUCACAUCAUUCGAGACAUCACCAACAGCAACAACAGCAGGAUCAAUCUACUAAUGUAACUAAUUCAACAGCCAAUUACAGAACAUAUUCAAUGUACAAUGAAAGAUCUGAUAUCUCCUCCAUUAUGUUUGAUGGCAAUUCUACCAAUAAUGAAGAAGACGAUGCACGCUCAUCCAUGAUGCUAUUGAGUACUCGUCCACCUCAUUCGAUUCAUGACCCAUGGAGUCAGCCUCAGCUUCAUCACCAACAGCACCAUCAGCACCAUCAGCAACAUCACUCUCCAUUAAUAAGCAAUGAUUACAGACAGCAUCAGCCUCUUCAGUACCAUCAGAUCCAGCAGCAAUCUUCUCAUUCUGAACGUGGGAUUGCUGGCUUUGUGUCAAAGCUUUAUCAAUGCCUUCAAUCUGUAGAUAGCAAUCAAAAGUAUGCAAGGUGGUGCCAACACGAUGGUAAAGACAUGUUCAUCAUUGAUUGUAUACCAGAAUUCACAGAAUUUGUCUUACCGCGUCUCUUCAAGCACUGCAAAUUUCCAUCGUUUGUGCGCCAACUGAACAGAGACACAGAUGCAAGAAAGUCUAAAGACACAAAAGAUAAGGAAUCCUGUCGGUGGUAUCACCCAUGCUUUAGACCAGGUCGACGUGAUUUAUUCCACUUGAUCCGAAGAAAAGCAACCCGCUACUCGAGAAAACGAAAGGCGAAAGCGUCCAAUGAAGAGGAUCCUGAAACAAUCUUGAACUUGGGUUCAGCCGAUGAAUCUGAGAUCGAUGAGGAAAGUCAAGAAAAUAUGGUUCUGCUCGUCAACAAUGGCGAUGAACAAGAUGGCCGUCGUUCGUCUUCGGUCUCGUCUGUAACGCAAUCCCUGCAACAUAUCGACUACAAUUCAGCAUCAUCGCAAUUACAACUGGGUUUCUCAGAGCCGGUUACCGUGACAGCAACAGCAACGACAACGACAACAGCAAUAAAUUCACCUCGAAUGGUAAAUCAUUCAGCGAUGCCUCUGGUAGUCGAUACAAAUAUCAAUAUAACCCCAUCCAAUGAUUACCAUGCCAUGACGACUCCGACAUUGGCCCACAACAGUAACCACAAUUCCAAUACGAUUCUACAAGACGAUCUGUCGUCGGAUAAUGCCGAUGACAAAAUAAUAGACACUGGCCUAGUGGUGAGCAUGCAACAACAGCAUCAUCAUCAGUUUGAGCAACCACAGCAGCAGCAGCUUCAUCAGCCUGUGAUGCGGGAUCAGGAACUCCGAAUGCAACUUUAUCACAUGAAACAACAGUAUGAAAAGAUGCAUGCUUAUUUUAGAGAGCAGUUGAGCACUGCUCAGAUUCAAAUCGAUGAACAACAAAUACGUAUUCAACAAUUAGAAGGUGCACUUGGUAUUACGACACACUCUGUGAAACAGGGCACAAUCCAGCAACCAACAACAGGUGGUUACAUGAGCACGGUGUGUACAACUAUACCCAACUCGUCGUCCUCAUCUGCGUUCCAUCAUGCCAAUUACAAUCUCCAGCAGCAGCAGCGACAACUAAAUCAGAAUUCGCCCGUUGUAACGCCCCGUCUUGUCACUUCCAUGUAUCAAAUGCCACAGCAAAGCAGUGUCAAAAGCAGCAGCAACAAUGCCAUGGCAACGACAACAACACCAAGACCUAGUUACUAUUACCAUGAGAAUGCCUCGUCUCCAUCAGCAGCAACAGCAGCAGCAGCAGCAGCAGGCAAUACAAACAACAACAAUAACAUAGAGAAUAAAAGCAAAAUGAUGGCACAGAUCAAGAAUGAGAAUCUAUCUUCGCCAUCCACACCAUCAACGUCUUCCAAUAACUGGCUUCCAUACCAUCGUGAUUCAUUAUCCACUAAUGGAAUGAUAGACCCAGCGAAUAAUGUUACUGCCGGCAGUAGCACAAAUCCAUCAACUGCAACGACAGGGACAGGCACUGAUGCCGCUAGCAAUACCCAGCUGAAAUCAGUAUUACCCUCAUCCAACUCAUCCUCCAAUACACCCUUGAUAAUGCAUAGCAAUGUUCAUAGCACCAACAACAGCAAUACGAAUGAUAACCACGAUACCAGCAAUAUUCAUAACAACAGCAAGAUAGACUUGAUGGGUCACAUGCAUUUCACUCCCUUUCUCUAA